AUGUCACUCGCAGUGUCAAACUCGGCACCAGCUACUAAGACUGUGGCCUCGGCUCCAGUCAACGUUGUUCCUUUCCAAACUCUUCCUCCUGCUCCUACUUUUACUGAUAUUACUUCUGGCUUUGUGCCUGCCCCUCAGGCUGAUGCUUCUACUGCUCCUGCUGACAUAGAGUCUGUUUUUCACAGUGCCAACUCCUUCUCUGCCAGCAUCGAUGAACUUUUCGAAGACAUUGGAGGAGGCAUUAGCAGCGAGGUCAUUGGGCCUCCAGGAGUUUAG